CGUUGCCUCAGCCUGCCGCGCGGACCUGCGAGCCGGUUAGCAGCCGCCCGCCCGCCCGUUUGCCCGGGGCUGCGGUGGGCCAGGAUGUCGGGCUUCCUGGAGGAGCUGCUCGGCGAGAAGCUGGUGACGGGCGGCGGCGAGGAGGUGGACGUGCACUCGCUGGGCGCCCGCGGCAUCUCGCUGCUCGGGCUCUACUUCGGCUGCAGCCUGAGCGCCCCCUGCGCGCAGCUCAGCGCCAGCCUGGCCGCCUUCUACGGCCGCCUGCGGGGGGACGCGGCGGCUGCAGCCGGGCCGGGGGCCGCGGCCGGGCCAGGGCCGGGGGCCGGGGCAGCCGCGGAGCCGGAGCCGCGGCGCCGUCUGGAGAUCGUCUUCGUAUCGUCGGACCAGGACCAGCGACAGUGGCAGGACUUCGUGCGGGACAUGCCAUGGCUGGCGCUGCCCUACAAGGAGAAGCACCGGAAGCUGAAACUUUGGAACAAGUACCGAAUUUCCAACAUUCCAUCACUAAUAUUCCUGGAUGCCACCACUGGAAAGGUUGUAUGCAGGAACGGCCUCCUGGUGAUCCGAGAUGACCCAGAAGGUCUGGAAUUCCCUUGGGGGCCUAAGCCCUUCAGGGAAGUCAUUUCCGGGCCCUUGCUUAGAAAUAACGAGCAGUCGCUGGAGAGCAGCAGUCUGGAGGGGUCUCACGUGGGAGUCUAUUUCUCCGCACACUGGUGCCCACCCUGCCGAAGCCUAACCCGGGUGCUGGUGGAAUCCUACCGGAAGAUCAAGGAGGCAGGCCAGAAGUUUGAGAUCAUCUUUGUUAGUGCAGACAGGUCAGAGGAGUCGUUCAAACAGUACUUCAGUGAGAUGCCCUGGCUUGCUGUCCCCUACACCGAUGAAGCUCGGCGGUCACGCCUCAACCGGCUUUAUGGAAUCCAAGGCAUCCCCACGCUCAUUGUGCUGGACCCUCAGGGGGAGGUGAUCACGCGGCAGGGGCGUGUGGAGGUGCUCAACGAUGAGGACUGCAGGGAGUUCCCGUGGCACCCCAAGCCCGUGCUAGAGCUCUCCGAAUCCAAUGCCGUGCAGCUCAACGAGGGCCCCUGCCUCGUCCUUUUUGUGGAUUCUGAGGAUGAUGGAGAGUCUGAGGCAGCCAAACAGCUGAUUCAGCCAAUAGCUGAGAAAAUAAUUGCCAAGUACAAAGCCAAAGAGGAAGAGGCACCCCUUUUGUUCUUUGUGGCUGGGGAGGAUGAUAUGACUGACUCCCUGCGCGAUUAUACCAACCUUCCCGAAGCUGCCCCCUUGCUCACCAUUCUGGACAUGUCAGCCCGGGCCAAGUAUGUGAUGGACGUGGAGGAGAUCACCCCUGCCAUUGUGGAGGCCUUUGUGAAUGACUUCCUAGCAGAAAAACUCAAACCAGAGCCCAUCUAGUGGGACUCCGGCCUCUGGAGAUGUUAUUUAAAACAGUCUUCUCCCCUUCCUUUCUUCCACCCUUGGAUUUUUUCCCCCCAGCAUAUCCUCAAACAACCCGUGUCCAUCCUCUCUGCGGUGCCUUGUUUCUGCAUUCACUCCUCAGCCCGCACCUGAGGUGCGAGUCCUCGCAGCAGCAGCUGCAGUGGCCAUCGUGUUUGGAGACUCACGGGAUGGCAUGGUCAGCCGGAACUGGGACUGCCGCACUCUCUCCAGGCCACUAGCUCCUCAUGAAAGACCCUAAGCAAGCGGGGACAGCCAGCUGGGGCUCUGGCUUUGACUCUGGGGCCAGCAUGCACAUCCAGAGGCUGAGACAGCAGAAGGCGACUGCUCAGUGAAGUGCUGUGGCCUCAGCAGGCAUCUGAGAGCAUCCUUUUGCAAGGAACCUGGUUUUUUUCUUGGUUGGAUGGAAAAACAACAGCUUGUCAGUGGGUUCUUGGUCAGAGGACCCCCCCUAAUCUAAAAGGAAGCAUGUAAGGUGUUAAUGGUGAGAAAAUCAAGUAGCUAAGCAAAUGAUUCAUAUAGUAAUUGCUUACUUUUUAUUGGGUUCCUAUCAUGGGAUUUGUUUCUCAUUCCCUUUUAUUUCCUUCUUCCUUCCUUUCCAAAGUUUCUGCCUCCUCCCUACAAGCAGCUCCCACUAUCUUGGGAUUUCAUUUUUGAAUUCUUCCCCUUGGAUGGACAUGGUCCCCAGAAUUUGGCCCUGAGCUCCUAAAGGAGCACUGCUCUGCCAGCACAGACCUGUCUCAACCACGAAAUCUUCCCUAUUCUAUCACCUGUCAUUCUUCCUUUUCAAAACAGAAAAAGGUGAAAAGAACUUACCAGAAGCCUAGCUUUUCCUAAGAUACAGAAGUGUUGUAUGUUAGUUCUGGGGCAGCAAUGAGAGGACAGAAGGUAUGGCAACUACCUAGAGGCCUUAGAUCCCCUUGGUUGGUCCCAUGUAGCCCAGCCUCUUAUUUGAGCUGAAGUGACCAUUAAGAGAAACACUAGAGUAUCCUCAGGAUUCAGGGUGCUGGGCUUUGGCCUAAGGAUUCCUAGGUGUGUUGUCUGUCUCAAUCGGGUGUUGGGACUUUAUAAAGAAUCCCAGGCCUUGCCUUCAGCUCUAUUCAGCAUUCUGCCAACCAAAACCAUUUAUUUGGAAAGUUUCCUCCAAUAAGCUGUUAACACUGUUGUCCCUUGCUGAAUUGGAUUGUUGAUUUGUAGCUCGGAGGUGAAAAAUUAGUUGGUAAUUAGCGUAUUUGAUGUUGUCAGCCUGAAAGGCAAUCACCUAGAAAGAAAUAAAGCAGGCAUCUCUGGAUGUUAUCAUUCA